AUGGCCAACAUAGUAGUUGCCUUUUUCCUUUGCGGCCUCACCCUCAUCGGAGCUUCAGAACAAAGAAAUGAAGAUUUCCUGCAGGAUUUACAACGCUUCGAUCAGAUACGGUCGUUGGGUCUUCAGUUUGCACAAUUUUUCCGGAAUGCCACUAUAAAGGACUUGGCCUUGUCCGAUGAGUCACCAACAGAGGAGGAUACUUUGUGUCUCCAGGAACUGGCUGACUUCUCGACGGCUCUCAGCACAGGCCAAAAAUGGGCUCUAAAAAUGAUUGAUUCUUGGGGAUCCAUUCCAUCGGGUGUACUAAUUGGAAACUACUACGAUUUGGGAAACUAUGAAGAGUGUUUGAACAUCAGGGCAACAAACAGCCAGAACGGCACGAUCCGUGGAAAAUACUGUUUCCUAUCAGCUAAUCCUUUCGGAAUUUUGGGAAGAUCAACUGUAAUUGGCGCAUCGUUGUUAGUUCGAACAGCCACCUGCUUUCCUGCUUCCUGCUCAGGGGCCCAUAUGAGCCAGUUCAUAAGCAAGUUGUCCGACAAGCUAUUGAGCUUUCAUAUCCCUUCUAAGGUGUUUAAAAUAAGCGAUAGCAGUUGCCAGACUGAUGAGGCUGAACCCCUGGAUGGCCUCACCAUUUUCACGAUUGUUCUUUUAUCAGUAAUGGCUUCCGUCGUGAUUUUAGCUACGAUCUACGACUACUUGAUUUGUCAAAACCAAGAUCAGCUUCCCGUACUUGUUAAGGUUUUUUCGGCCAGAGCAAAUGCAAGAGUCAUAUUCCGGAUCGUUGAUUCAAAGGAAAACCCAAACGUAAUCGAAUGUCUUCAUGGAAUUCGAUGCAUGUCCCUCUUCUGGGUUGUUUACGGGCACGAAUACAUUAUUUCAAUGUUGGCACCAAAUAUCAAUAUGUUUAGCACGAGUUCUUGGAUGGAGCAACCCUACUCCAGUUUUAUCUUGCAUGGCUUUUUCUCUGUUGACUCUUUCUUCUUUCUGGGAGGAAUGCUGUUGACCUUGAUUUCCUUGCGUUCAAUGGAGAAAACUAAGGGCAAACUGAAUGUGCCCCUGAUGUACUUGCACCGACUAAUUCGCAUCGUUCCCAUUGUGGCCGUAGCCAUUCUCGUGUACAUGAAGAUGAUGCCGGUUAUUUCUGGUGGACCGCUUUUCAAAGACGGCUACUCUGGUCUCGAAGAGUGUGAAAAUGCUUGGUAUUGGAGCUUGUUAUUUGUUCAGAACUACACUAAGGAAAUCUGCCUGGGACACACGUGGUAUUUGGCUGUAGAUAUGCAGUUGUUCAUAAUCUCGCCAAUCCUGCUGAUCGCACUUUACAAAUGGGGCAAGAAGGCUGCUGGCGGCAUUUUCGUCCUUAUGAUCCUGCUCUCAGGUUGCCUCUUUGCAACGCAAAUGGUUAACGAAUUUUCAAUGUUGCCAAAGCACACGACUACAGCCGCGUCUAAGAAGCUUUAUUUUGCUACUCACACUCAUGCUGCUCCAUGGCUUAUUGGAUUUUUGUUUGGCUACUUCCUGCACUUGAUUCGGGGCAAGAAGUUCCAGUUAAAUAGGCUCGUCGUUUGGUCAGGAUGGAUUGUUAGCCUGGCCCUGAUCUUCACCUCGAUUUUUGCUCUCUACCCCGCUACAAAGAAGGGCGCUGAGCCGUUGCCCCUCGUGGCUGAUGCUUCUUACUACACUCUCACCCGCAUUGCCUGGCCAUUGUCUCUUUGCUGGGUAGUGUUCGCGUGCAUGCAGGGAUAUGGAGGCAUGGCCAACAGCUUCCUCUCCUCCCCUGUGUGGCAGCCCCUCUCUAGGAUCUCCUACUCUGCCUACAUUUGGCAUGUGUUCGUCCAGGAACUCAAUAACCGAAACACCAGAACCAAUUCGUAUUUCUCCGAUUACCAAGUGAUGCUAAAGUUCUGGUCAGACAUGGGUAUGACCCUUACCAUGGCUAUUUUCUUUUACCUAAUCAUAGAAGCACCUUUCAGUGGAGUGGAGUACUUCCUGAGACCAGUGAAAAAAUCUGGCGUCAGUAAUGAGACUACUCCUGCAAAUGAGAGUCAAAAAGGUAAUGUUGACGAUAAGGAGUCCAGUGAGAUCAAUGGACCACCAAUUUCCGAAGACAACAGAAACCUCGAUGGGCCACCAAUUUCUGCUGAACCGUCUAACGCAGCAUGAAUGAAAAGGGAUUAGUACAUUCUUUCAUUUGUUAUGUAUAUUGCUUAUUUUAUUGUUAAUAAUUAUAAGAGUAGAUCUCAACCCAAGUAAAAACAUUGAUUGAAAAUUUAUAUAUAUCGCUUUACGUUAUGUUCUACGAAUACUUAAAAACCGGAAAGGGAAGCUAAUUUAAGACAGAACUGGAG